AUGCACCAAGGCUCCAGGCCGGGGACACCCCGCCCCAUGUUCUCUGGCUCGGCGGGCACCUCAGCAUACUCCCUCCUCACCCCUGAAGAGACCCAGCAACGACUGAAUACAUCACUCACCCGAGGUCUAUCCCCUUCUGAUGCCGAAGCCAGGCUUCUCCAGCAUGGGGCAAACGAGCUUCCACAUGAAGAACCUGAGCCCUUGUGGCUUCGCUUCCUGAAACAGUUCAAGGAAACUCUCAUAUUGCUCCUACUGGCUUCUGCUGUCGUGUCUUUCAUCAUGGGCAAUCUGGACGACGCAGUCAGUAUCACUAUCGCUGUGACAAUCGUAGUCACGGUUGGUUUCGUACAAGAGUAUAGAUCAGAAAAGUCCUUGGAAUCUCUCAACAAGCUCGUCCCGCACUAUGCUCAUCUCAUCAGAGGUACUCCAGAAGGCAAGAGAAGACUUGGUCAAGAUUUACAAGAAGGAAUUGAAAUGGAGCCAAUACCCAACGGCUCCGUUUCCUCCCUCGGGACGGCGUCAACCACCGUCCCCGCCCGUCAAUUGGUCCAAGGUGAUUUAGUCAUUUUUUCCACAGGAGAUAGAGUACCUGCAGACAUACGGAUCACUAGUGCGGCAGAUCUAUCCAUCGACGAGUCAAAUCUGACUGGGGAGAACGAGCCAGCCUUAAAGCAAGCUGGUGCACUGGAUCGCGCACAAGCAAGGCCAGCCCCAUAUGGCCGGUCUCCAUCACCUUCAUACGCCUCGCCAGCAGCAGGAACUGUAGGGGCGGACAUAAGGCUCAAUGAACAAGUCAAUAUUGCUUUCAUGGGUACGCUGGUUCGGUCGGGACACGGUCAGGGUAUAGUCAUAGGUACUGGAGCCGGCACAGAGUUUGGUGGAAUCUCAGCAUCGCUGCAAGAAAUCGAGAGCCCUCGAACGCCUCUACAACUCUCAAUGGAUCGCCUCGGGCAAGAGUUGAGUUGGAUGUCAUUUGGAGUCAUUGCACUAAUAGUUAUAGUUGGACUAUGGCAAGGGAGAAAACUACUGGAGAUGUUUCAAAUUGGGGUUUCGCUCGCCGUGGCUGCUAUACCUGAGGGUCUUCCGAUCAUCGUGACAGUAACGCUUGCUUUAGGCGUUCUGAGGAUGUCUAAACAUGGCGCAAUUGUUAGGAGACUACCGAGCGUGGAGACCCUUGGCUCAGUGAAUGUCGUUUGCAGCGACAAAACUGGCACAUUAACCCUGAACCACAUGACAGUAACAAAGCUGUGGCACUUCGACGCACCGUACCCCAUUGAGGUAAACAUAGACUUGGUGUCCGCGUCACCCGACCCUGCUACGCGAACAAUACUGCGGGUCGGCAAUAUUGCUAACAACGCUCGACUGUCUCGCGCUAAUGCGAGCUCACCGGCGACUGCAUCCUCUGCCGCGAUCAUGUCGUCAACACUUGGCCAGGACCCAAACGCGGUCAGCGCCAAAAGCCGUUGGGUUGGUCAGCCGACAGAUGUUGCUAUCUUGGACCUUCUGGAUGCUUUCGGCGAGGACGACGUUCGCGAUCGGAUCGGAGCACGAAGUGCAGAGACGCCGUUUAGUUCUGAACGGAAAUGGAUGGGAGUAGUCAUCGCGGCUAACCAUGGUAAAGAUUUAGGAAACGGAGUCGAAGUUGCCUACAUCAAAGGCGCUCUGGAACAGGUCUUGAAGCGAUGUGAUACUUACAUCUCCAAAGACGGAAAGGAGAUCGUUUUGGACGAGCCAAGGCGACAAGCCGCCAUUUCUGCUGCAGAGAAGAUGGCAGAGGAUGGCCUCAGAGUCUUAGGGUUUGCAAGCGGCUCGAACAGAGAUGCCACAAGAUCGGCCAAGUCUGGACAGGCUCCAAGUCGUAGUGGCACACCGCGACCAGGUGUCGCUCGUGAUGGUAGCCGUCAAUCAAACGAAGAUGCGUACCAGGGCCUUGUGUUUGCUGGAAUAGUUGGCAUGAACGAUCCACCUCGAAAAGAUGUUGAUAAGUCGAUACGGCGGCUAAUGACAGGCGGCGUCAAAGUCAUUAUGAUCACUGGGGAUGCUGAGACAACGGCCGUUGCUAUUGCAAGGCGCCUAGGAAUGCCUCUUAGCUCCUCGAGGGCAGGGUAUCGACCGGUUCUAAGAGGUGACGAGCUAGACCAGAUGUCUUCAGAAGAGCUUGCUGACGCAAUGGCUGGGACCUCGAUAUUUGCCCGUACAAGCCCUGAGCAUAAGAUGAAGAUCAUCCGCGCUUUGCAAUCUCGAGGCGAUAUUGUCGCAAUGACGGGAGAUGGCGUCAAUGAUGCUCCGGCUUUGAAGAAGGCGGAUAUUGGCAUCUCCAUGGGCCUCCUCGGCACUGAUGUUGCGAAAGAAGCAGCCGACAUGAUCCUCACCGACGACGACUUUUCCACUAUCUUGAGCGCCAUCGAAGAGGGCAAAGGCAUCUUUUACAACAUCCAGAACUUCCUCACCUUUCAACUCAGCACCAGCGUCGCGGCCCUCUCUUUGGUGCUCCUGAGCACUUUCCUCGGCUUCAGCAACCCUUUGAAUGCGAUGCAAAUCUUGUGGAUAAACAUCCUCAUGGACGGUCCCCCUGCUCAGUCUUUAGGCGUCGAGCCCGUAGAUCCUGCAAUCAUGAAUCGACCACCUCGUUCCAGAGCCGCACGUGUUCUCACUCGCCCUGUCAUCCAGCGCGUUCUCACGUCCGCGACUGUCAUCAUGAUAGGCACCUUUGGUAUUUAUUAUCGAGAAAUGUCGUCCGAUAAUACCGUUACCGCUCGCGAUACCACCAUGACUUUUACCUGUUUCGUCUUUUUCGACAUGUUCAAUGCCCUGACCUGCCGAAGCGAGGGCAAAAGUAUUCUUAGAGGAGAAUUGGCCUUGACAGGGAACCGCAUGUUCAAUUUUGCUGUUGGGGGCAGUCUGUUAGGCCAGCUCGCUGUCAUAUAUGUCCCGUUUUUCCAGCGAAUCUUUCAAACCGAGGGCCUAGCGCUGCGAGAUUUGGGACUGCUAGCCGCGUUGGCCAGUUCAGUAUUCUGGAUUGAUGAAGCGAGAAAGUAUGAGAGGGCCAGGAAUAGAAGGAUUACAGGGCUUGGAGGAGGGUACAGCGCGAGUGUAUGA